AAAACAUUCGUUCAAAAGAUUUGUGUUUGGACCUCUUUGCAUACGGUUUAUCUCAUUCUGCUGUUUGAUGGUGAAAAUGCUACAAGGAAUGGAUAUAUCAGAGUACACGAGAAUUGUUUUCGACAAGCUUCAAAAAUUCGAACCAGAGCAUGCCACAAAGAUAAUUGGAUACCUCCUUGUUCAAGAACAUGGCGAGGAACAGAUGAUUAAAUUGGCUUCAUACCCAGACCACCUGAUCCGUGAAGUCGCUUUCAAAGCCAAAACCGAAUUCCAAAGACUAACCACACUUCCAGAUCUAAGGCACUUAAUCACCCUCCAACUUUCCUCUCCUUCUUGGGAUCAUCACUCUUUCUCGGAGCUUCAGAAGCAGUUCGAGAUCUUCGAAACAAGAAUGGCAAAUGAUUACUACAUUGCAGAUUCCUUGCCUUGCAAGUUAAGAGGCGGAAGGAGGUUUUCGAACGAGUUUCCGGUGAAAACCUGUCACUAUUUCAACAAAGGAUAUUGCAAGCAUGGAGCCAGCUGUCGCUAUUAUCACGGACAGGCUGGCCACGAGAUGUACGGAAGCUACGACUAUUCUUCUUCUUCUUCGGUUCAGGGGGAUCAAGUGAUUUCGGCAGGGUCUUUGGCGAAUUUGGAGUCGGAAAUCGUGGAGCUGUUGAAAUCAAGAAAAGGAAGCCCGAUAUCGAUUGCUUCGCUUCCAAUGGCGUACUAUGAGAAGUAUAACAAGGUACUGCAGGCUGAAGGUUAUCUUACUGAGAGCCAGAGACAUGGUAAGUCUGGUUAUAGUUUGACCAAGCUUCUUGCAAGAUGGAAGAAUUGCAUUCGCGUAUUUGACAGGCCUCAUGGGCAGCACGCAGUGGUUUUGGCAGAAGAUGCUCCAAAAUACAUAGGAAAGGGAGAGUUUGGUCAAAAUAUUAGUGCGUCAAGACAAAUAUAUUUGACAUUUCCAGCUGAUAGCACUUUCACAGAGGAAGAUGUUUCAAACUACUUCAACACCUUUGGGAGUGUUGAAGAUGUAAGGAUUCCAUGCCAACAGAGAAGGAUGUUUGGAUUUGUGACCUUUGUUGAACCAGAAACUGUUAAAAUGAUUUUGGAAAAGGGAAAUCCCCAUUAUGUUCGUGGCUCUAGGGUGCUUGUAAAACCUUACAAGGAGAAGCCAAAAGUUGAUAGGAAGUACGUAGAGAGGAUUGAGCACCCUGAUUGUUAUUCGUCUCGCUAUGUAGGUCUGGAUGCAGAGCUUACAAUUCCAAGAAGAUGCGGUAACCCUCAAGGCCUGAGGAGAUUCCUCAUUGAAGAGCAGGAGCAUGCUCUUGAAUUCCAAAGAAGACGAGUUGCAGAGUUACAGCUAGGCCGAAAAUGGAUGUCGAAUUCACCCCAUUUUGGCUUUGACAUGGAGGAGCUAAAGGUUCCUGAUGAUCAUUUCAAUCAUCAGUCCACUGGAUCCUCCAGUAGUUAUGCUUCAACUGACAAAUCUGGAUAUACAAAAACAGAACCUAACUAUACUGAUCAGGACAGCUGUGAAGGAUUGAAUCUCCCAGAAAGUCCAUUUGCAUUUCCGGUAGAUAAUGAAAUUUCAGCCAUGGUAUAAGUUUGGAACACAUUACAUGGAAAUAGAGUUAAAAUAAUUCUAGGCAAAAGACAACCUGUGUAGC